AUGGAAAGCUCAGCAAAAACUGAAAGUUUCUCCGAGACAGCUGCUGCCUUUGGACAAGAUCCGGAAUUGACAUACAUCGAUGGUUACGGCAAUGUUGGAAAAUAUUGGUACAGAAAGCACAGAGUGAAAGCAUAUCGCUUCGUCGCCUUCACAGCUGGCCUAUUUUCGGCGGUAUCUGUGAUAUCAUUCGGCAUCACUUUGCCGAUUUUUGUUAAACAUAUUAUUGAAGUAAGACGUGAAAUUGGGAAUGACGUGCGUUACUGCAAGGAUUCAGCAAAGAAAAUCCUUUACGAGGCUAGAAGUAUCAACACUGUUCCACCUAGCAAUCGAACAGUUCGACAGUUAAGCUACAGUGAUGCGGCAGUCAAAGACUUUGAGGAAGAUAUCUGUGCAGAGUGCUGUCUGCCAGGGCCGCCAGGUCCGCAAGGACCACCAGGAAGACCAGGACGCCCAGGAGCACCCGGACGCCCUCCACAAGAGCCUUGCGAGGAAAUCACACCACCACCAUGUCCCCCGUCUCCACCUGGACCUCGUGGUCCACCAGGGAAACAGGGAUCUCCUGGAGCUCCAGGACCGAGUGGAAACCCAGGCAAACCGGGAGCCGACGCUUUGCCCAACCCUCCGGGACUUAAGGGACCACCUGGACCUCCUGGAGAUAUAGGUCUAUCCGGCCAACCUGGUCUACCGGAAGAGGAUGCUGUCAUAAAUAUUAUUCCAGGACAGCCAGGUCCCAUUGGUCCUCCUGGACAACCAGGCCCACCUGGACCAGAUGGAAUGCAAGGGCCUCCUGGAGCCAUAGGAGAAAUUGGACUCAAAGGAGCACAGAGACCAGAAGAAAGACCAGGUGCAGAUGGCAAUCCUGGCGCGUCUGGAGAAUCUGGAUCGCCAGGUACACCAGGAGCGAGAGGGAUAUGUCCCAAAUAUUGUGCCAUAGAUGGCGGAGUGUUCUUCGAAGAUGGAUCACGACAAUAA